AUGUCGGCCCUAGGACCAGAUCUCCCACCACACCUCCUAGCCAAGAGGAAAAGAAAGCAAGAAGCCACUACCGAAGACAAGCCAGCCACAGCUUCCGGCGCAAGGCCAUCAUCUGAUAAUAAUAACCAAGAUGGUGGCGAGAAGCGACGAAAGGUCAUAGGACCUGCUAUGCCCCCUGCACCACUGAAUGAGAUACCGGACGCACCACCACCGACGACCUUCAAUGAUGUCGAUGGCGAGGAAGAAGACGACGACGAUGAGUUCGGACCCGCACUCCCCUCCCCCAACGCCACCACAACCACAUCUUCACACCGCAAAGACCCAACCAAGAGUGAUGAUACCACUUCCUCCAACCCCCAAGAAUUCUCAAAGCAACCCCAACGCGAUGCCUGGAUGACCAUGCCACCCACCCAAGACGACCUAGCCGCCCGCAUGGACCCCUCCAAACCCCGCGCCCGAGGUUUCAAUACUGGAAAGGGAGCUAAAGGGCCUAAUAGUGCCAUGGGUACUGAGGAUGGUAGUUCGGCGUGGAACGAGACUCCGGAGCAGAAGCGGAAGAGGUUAAGGGAUGAGAUGAUGGGGGUGGUUGCCACUUCUACCUCGUCUGGCUCGGGCUCGGGCUCGCAAGCGAUACCGGCAGCUGAAAGGAGUAAGAGGGCAACGGACCUAGAUGAGGAGGCGAGGGAGCAUAUCGCAAAGUCAAGAGGCCCAUCCCUAAUGUCCCGUCACGAAGCGACCAAAGGCCCCUCCGCCGAGCUCGAAGACGAUCCCAGCAAACGUUCCUUCGACCGAGAAAAGGACAUGGGCGCCGGUAUGCGCAUCGAUGGGACGAAGCGCAAACAACUACUCAAUCAAGCCUCGGGCUUCUCGUCAAAGUUUGCGGGGGGGAAUUAUUUGUAG